AUGUUUGAUAGUGCACCUGCAUAUGUCAGAAAGUAUAAAAACAUGGGUUCAGAACCUGAUACAAACCAAAAGAGUUGGCAAAACCUAAAGAAAACCAUCAUAGAGAAGGUGAAAGCUAAAAAUGCAACUAAAGUCAAAAUCAACUGGUUAAAAUGUUUUAAACAAGAAGAAAAAGAGUCAGCACUCAAUAAAAACAAAGCCUCAAAUAUACUUGAAGAAAAUUCUCAACAAAACAAAUCAGAUGUAAAGCUUGAUAGUAUUAAUAUAAUUCAAAAUGUAGUAGCAAAACCUAUAAAGGAUAUAAGUAAAAGGCAAAACAAUAGCCAAGCUAAAAGGGGCAUAAUAUUUGAUAAUGCUGACAUACAUCUUGUGGAAUUCACAGAAAAGGGUCCUAUGACUGGUAAUAAAUAUCUAAAGAUAGAAUUAUUGAAUGAGAAUGGUUGUUGCAAUAUAAGGUUAUUUGGUAAAAGAAAAAGAAAAAAUGCUGUUAGUAAGACAAUGCAACCAAUAAGAAAGAGAAGAAAGGUUAAAGAAACCAUAUGUGAAAAUGGGCCAAGGUCAUGUGAAAACAUAAUGUAUAUACCCUUUGUUAAACUUUCUGAUAAGCUUGAUUUGCUAAAAAAAUUAUCAAACAUGAAAGUAAUACUUAUCUUUAGACAGUUAUUUAAGUGGUUUCUCAAAGCAUGCUCUAAAAUAAUAAAGGAUUUAACCUGGCAAAAAAAGGAUAAUAAUGAUCAAAAUGCUCCAAUUGACUCAGGAUCUCGUAUAAACCUAAUGUUGAAGAAUAAAUAUAAUGAUGAUGUUAAAAGCAUUGAUGAGAGUAAUUAUGAAGAUGAAGUAAAUAAUAUAAUGGCUAUAAGAAGAAUAGAGAAAAUUGAUUUAGAUGAAGGAACCAAUGACAAUUAG